UGUAAUUAUUGUGCAGCGCGUUUUACGUCGCGAUCGUUUCGUUUGAGGUUCAAAUAAUUGUUCAUGCCGUUUACAAUGCACCCGGUGGUCCGGAUGCUGACUGCUGGCCCCGGCAAGUCGCGAGCCCUGCUGGCGCUGCUGGUGUUCGCCAACAUCUGGCUCACCGCCGUAGGUAUGCAACGGACCGUCUAUCGGGCCGGGGACGAAAUUGUGACCAUAACGCGCACCAAAGUCGACCAGGGUACCGCGUCGUCCCCCGGUGCCUACUCCUACUAUACGUACACUGCCGACAGUGCCCCGCAGUCGGAUGUUGUGUACUAUACGAACGCGAACGGGAUCACUACCAGGCAGUAUCAGUCCACCGGCGCCGGUACGGUGUUGACCGGAACUCGCCGCAUUGCCUACGAUGACGGAUCUGCGACGGAAGGGCAAGGAUGCUCGCGUAACCCGUGUGGUGUAGGCGCCACGUGUCAGGAAACAGCUGGCGGCCGUCCGGUCUGCUCCUGCCCGGCGGGCUACAGUGGCAAUCCGCUUGUGCAGUGCCGCCGGGCCGAGUGCCUCGAUCACUCGGAAUGCCGCGGCGAUCAGGCCUGCCGUAACGGGAACUGCGUAAAUCCGUGCGCGGGCGUUUGCGGAGUCAAUGCCAACUGUGAGGUUCGCAAUCAUGUGCCCGUGUGUAGUUGCCCCCGGGGACGUACUGGUGAUCCGUUCAGCAGCUGCCGCCUCCAAGAUCCUGAGGAGCUCUGUCGUCCAAGUCCUUGUGGUUCAAACACCAAAUGUGACGUACUUAACGGUGUUCCAACCUGCUCCUGCCUUCCUGGUUACAUUGGUUCCCCACUUUCGGGUUGCCGGCACGAGUGCGAAUCGGAUGCGGAAUGCGUCUCGAACCAGUUCUGUAGCCAGUUCAAGUGUGUCAGCGGAUGUAACCAGUGCGGCAAGGGGGCAACCUGUGCCCGCGUAACCAACCAUCGGGCCGUGUGCGAGUGUCCGAAGGGCUACAUCGGCAGUCCGUUCUCCGAGUGUCGGCCGGAGUGCUACGGUGAUCGGGACUGUCCCGGGGGUCGUCCCGCGUGCAUCUACGGUAUCUGCAAGAAUCCGUGCGAGGGUGCGUGUGGUGUCGGCGCGGACUGUAACCUGCGCGGUAUGACUCCGGUGUGCAGCUGUCCCCGGGACAUGACCGGCGAUCCGUUCAUUAGCUGCCGGCCGUUUACGAAGGAAGACCUGUGCAAUCCGAACCCGUGCGGAACGAAUGCCGUCUGCACGCCAGGCUACGAUCGCAGCAACCAGGAACGACCGGUCUGCACCUGUCCCCCGGGAUACACCGGAAAUGCGCUUUCAAACUGCGUCCGUGGUGAAUGUCAGAGUGACGCAGAAUGUGCCGAUCAUAAGGCGUGCAUCUCGUACCAGUGCGUUGACCCUUGCGCUGGACAGUGUGGAACUGGAGCACAGUGUCAAGCGAAGCGUCACCUGGCAGUCUGUACCUGCCCGGCCGGAACACAGGGUGAUGCGCUGGUAUCGUGCCGUACCGCACGCAACUACCCGGUGGCCCGAUACAAUAAGAAACGAAAUGCGGUCCCAUAAAUGACCGAGCGAGCCAUGUUUCCGUAUCUUGCACCUCGUUUUUCACCGACAUAACGCCAAUUCUACUCGUAAACUAAAAGCUGCCUCAAAGUAUCCACAUGUUCAUUCCCAACGUGAUCUUUAGCAGUCAAGUUGUUAACUUAUUCAUUAAACUACCUGUGAACCUUCCCCCCACUGGUUGAGAUUAACAAAUGUUUUAGUGUUAACUUUCGAUGAAAUCGAACCAUGCCGAUGCCGCAACGAUGCAUACUUAAGACAUUGCGUUAAAUUCUAGUAAAUCAAUAAAGUUGAUUUUUAUCUUGCCCGAGCACAGAUUUCUAAUAAACA